CAAACUCUGUAAUACAAACUCUACUGUGUCCAUGAGUUCCGAUAACUCUCCUGCUCAAGGGAGGAAGAAAAGUGAAAAUGCUGUGAAAGCUAAAGGUCAUAGGUGGCAUCGGAGUGCCAGUUACAGCACAGGGGAUGAUGGGAUAUCUUCGGAGAAUGACGAUCAUGAUGAUGCACAUCUCCUGGGUGCCGUGAGUCGGGAUGUGUGUCGCAACGGUGGCAAGCUGAGUGGGCGACUCCGGGACAUGAAGAACAAGGUGCUUAAGGGAAGAGAAGGCCACACAGCAGAGUUGGACUUCAGGACAGCUCAGAUAGUUCACCGGCCGCCACUAAGAAGAGAGAACUCCUACGGUGGGACGAAGUCACCAAUCUACAACAGCCACAUCCCAGUCGUCUACCAACCCCAGGCUGCAUCCACACCAGACAGGCCAGUGUACGCAACAGCCCCCAUCCUGGGGCGUGCCCGUGUCCACACAGACUUUGACCCCCAGUGGAGGGAGGAUUUCCUACCCCUGAAGAGAGGUGAUGUAGUCAACAUCAUCAGUAUGGGUCACUCGGGAAUAUGGAGGGGCGUGCUUAAUGGUAGAGUGGGUAACUUCAAGUUCGCCCAUGUGGAUGUGCUGGGAGAUGAUUGGCUGAGGACACAACGCAAGGAGAAACAGUUACGGCGCCAUAACUCCCGCAAGUCAAAACCCAAGUCGGUGGAGGAACUUAUGCAGAGAAUUGGCCUGGAGCACCUGACCAGCCUGUUCAUGCUGAAUGGAUUUGAGAUGUUGGAGACCUUCUCAGAGCUGGAUGAGGAUGACUUGAACACUCUGAACAUCACUGAUCCCGAACAGAAGGCCAAACUCCUGACAGCAGCUGAACUACUGAAUGACUGUGAUUCCCAUGAUGCCUCCGAUGGCCACACUAGAAGUGACCGAUCCGGUUCAGGGACCAAUUCCUCAGAUACACCAUCAAGUCUUUCCCCUGCCACUGUCACUGGGGCUGAACAUGCUCAGGCAAGGACAGGUAACUCCAGCAGGGACUCUGGAUGCUAUGCCAGUAAUGAACAGUUAAUGCUCAAGGAUGCUCAAAAACCCCACUCUAGUCAACAGGCAAAGGUUGUCAUGACAACAUCAUCUCAAGUGAAGCCUGUUAACACUGCAGCAGCCCGCUCGGAUGCCGACUGCAGUGGUCACAUGUGUGGUAUGUGUGGUAAGCCCAGGGUUCAAGGUCAGUCACCUCUGCGGGAGGAUGAGGGGAUGGAAACCGAUCGAAGUGAUAAGGAAUACACGGAGGAAGACAAGGAGGUGUUUGCUAUUACUAACGGAUAUUUGCAACAAAGGACAGGGUCACCUCCUGAUAAAAAUGGCAAGAAUUCAAAGAAGAUGAGUGGAUAUUGUAAACAUUGUGUUCAUAGUAAAAUGUCAAGCAAACCAAAGAUGUCACAUUCUCCUUCAAGAGGAACCCCCAGUGCUAGCAAUUCCUUGUCCUCUGACACAAGCACCAGCACGACCCUGACCUCUAUCCACUCCCCAAGUAACCCCAACCUCCAGUGCUCAGUGUAUGGCUCAAGUACACAAGCCAGGAGGAAAGUGAAACCAGUGCCACCACCCCGAGCUCCCGGCACCGAGAUAACAUCGGUCACAACACCAGAAUAUGCCGCAAGGGACAUGUAUCCACAAGUCAAGAACCAACGCCCAAAGGACAUCAAUCCAGGAAGUGUGUAUAGUCGCCACCAGAUGUCAGUGCCACAACUGCAGAUGCCUUUGUCCAUGUACUACCCAGAGAGGAUUGCCUCCCCUCAUGGUAGUGUCGUAUAUGGCCAAGGCAGGCAGUUAGCGCCUGAACCGAUCUAUGGUCAGGUGACCAUCAAGAACGUCAGUCGGUCUCUCAUCCCCCUGGUGUCCACCAAGCUGAGUGCUGAGAAGAUUGAUCUGAGUGAGGAGCCGUAUUCAUCUGAGCUUGGCAUGUGUGGCAUCCCACCCCUGCUGAUCCAGCGGUACGCCGAGGAGCUGAGACAGGACAUCAACAGCGUGUCCCUGGUGCUGGAGCAGGUCCGACUCUACCAUCUACAGAACCACCAGAGAAACUCUAUUCCCAAUAACAAAUUGGCUGAUAGCUGCAGCAAUGCAGUAGACCUGAAGAUAUCUUCCAUUGAGGACUUCUUCAUCUCCAUCGGCCUGCCCAUGUACAUCGACCCACUGUAUGAGAAAGGAUGUUGCACUAUCCAGCUGCUGCUCAAUCUAUCAGAGACUGAUCUCAACAGGAUAACCGGGGCUGAUACCCGCCAUCUCAAACGCAUGCAGCAUGCCAUUGAUUGGGUUCGACAUAAAUUACAAUCACCUGUGAAAAGCCCCAAGUCUCCAACAAAAAGUCCAACAUCUGCCAAGCAAGCAUCUGUCAGAGAUAGAGUUUAAGAACUUUGUAUUUUAGACUUUGUUGUGACGUUUUAUACACUCUUCCUGCUACCAUCUUGAAAACACACCUGAAAGGUCUGACAACAAUCUUAUAUGGGCUUUGAAUGUAAUCCAGUCUUAAGCUGGGGACUUCUAGCCUUCAAAUACAUUGGUGGAAACUGGUGGCCCCUUGUGAACAAUUCUUGUACAUUCAAAGUUGUAUAUGUGAAGACAGUGAGGUUGUUGGCAUGCAGUCAUUUGUAAAUUGAAUUGUUUUUAUCAUUAAUUUGAAAUUUUAAUGUACUGAAAUCUGAUGUCAGUAUGUGAAUAGCUAAUACCCUGUAUGCAUAGAUGGUUGUUCACGUGGUGGAUAUUGCGGGGCAUUAAGCUCUUGUCAUUUUUAACUUCACAUUUUUUAAUAAUGACCUUCCUGCUGAACAUUUUGUGAUUUAUUUACUCAUGCAUACAAAAUGAGGUUUAUUGUUUGAAGGCUGGGAAAUUGUGAAGUCUCACAGUUUAAUCUCUACACAUGUCAAUUUUUUUUCUAUUUUCUUGUACGUGCAUCUGUAUGGUACGAUUGUAUCUUCUCUGCCUGGUCAGUAUAUCCAGUACAGUGAUAGUGCGGUGAGUAUGGCAUGGUUUACAAACAUAAUCAACAUUUUCUGUGAAUAAUGUAUAAUCAGUGGAUCAUUGAUUGUGAUUUGUACAUUUCUACAUUGGCAGUGUGUACAUAUAUCAUGGCAUUGUAUGAUUGUGGAUGGUGAUUACUUCAACACAAGUUCACACUGUUGAUUUAUCUUCUAUAAUGCAAGUUAAUGCCAUCAGUUGGGAAUACUAGUUGAUGAUUGGUGAGGAUGAACUGAGGUAUGUAAUAACAGCUGUGUAAUAACAGCUCGGAUUGCCCAUUGGCAUUGUUUGACUUAUUACAUUGAGGAACAGUUGCUUUAAGUGUAAAUAGCGAAGAAAAUUUAUGUUUAAUUGUAAUAUAGACACUUAUUGAAUUGUUACAGUCACAUUAUUCUCAUAAUGAAUUUCUAGUCGGAAAAAUGUUACGGCAUUUAUGCAUGAUCCUUACGUUCAUGAAUAUUCAUCAUUUAUCCUUGUAAAUUGUAGUGCAUCUCAGAUGAAAUAGUGCUUGUUGAUUGAAUGGCCUGAUUGAGAGUUGAGUUCUGAGAUGUUGUGAUAGUACUGGGAUCGCUCAGAAGAGUAAUCAGACUUUGUUAUGCUGGAGCUGUCAUACAGCUGGAAUACUGAUGAGUGCAAAGUUUAACAACAAGCUUGCACAAACUGUUUUGUAGGGGAAAACUAAGUGCAAAAAUACAUUUCUUGUACUGUUUUGUGGGGGAAAACGUAAGUGCAAAAAUGCAUUUGUUGUGCAUCGAGUGGAAUUUGUAUGUGAAAAGCAGGUUACAACCACCCUUGUUUUUUAAUGGAAAAUAGAAAAAUUAUGAUAUUUGUGGACCAGAAACAUAAUAGUUUUGUUGGGGCAUGCCAAUGGUUUCAUCAUCUGGUUGUCUUGAAUCUCUAAAGUGAAUCUGUGCAACUAGCGUCUUAUUACCUACUUGUCUAGUUUUAAUCAGAUAUAGAGGAAAAGAGAUCUUAAGGCAUUAUGAAUGAUUUUUUAUGAAUACCUUUCAUCCAUAUUGGUUGUUUUAAGGACUAUAAACUGACAUUUUAAGUUCAGUUCAUGCAUAGUAUUGUUUCUUUUUAUUUCUAUUUUGAUGAGUUAUAUUGGUAAGAUAAGCAUUUAUAUGUGAACUAUACAGGGGUUGAGUUGACAGUAAUUUUAUAUACUAUUUCUUAGACACAUUAUAGUGUGAUCAUCUAAGAAUCAGGCAUGGCAUUAGAUCAACUGUUUAGUGUUUUCAUGCGCUCUUAACAUUGUAACAUUGAAUUCCAAAUACAUUGAUCAAACCUCCCAGCAAAAGAUACGGAUUCUGUUAAACAGGUGUAUAGUGUGUCAGAUUAUUAUCUUCUAUUCUGCUGAAUCUCUCCUUGGUUAGGGACCAGUUAUUAUGAAGUAGAGAGGAGAUGCAUGGUUGGAUGAUAUUACAGGCCUUAGAGAUGUACUCAGAUAAAAUAAAUAAGUGUUAUGUGAUGGUUAGGAAACAUUGACAAGCAUAUAUAUGAUGGUUUUACAUACGUUGGGUGGUGUCUUGAUCUUGGAAUUGAAGGGACAAAACAUCAAACAUCCUUUCUCUUUCCCCUUCUGUUAAAUGACUGGCCCCCAAUGAGAGAUGAACCACUAGACUGUUAACAGAUGUAUACAAGAUGUGAUAUUUGCUUGUAUUCUGGUUGUUGCAUAAAACUAUGAAUUCUCCAAUUUAGCCCUGUUGGUAAAGUAGUUGAUAGAUAGAGAGUAGUGUUUAGUGUAAAUGUGAGGCUAAUUUAUAGACCAGUGGAACUGAACUGUCUGUGCAAUAUUUAACUGUAUUCACUUGCUCCACCUUCCAGUCAUAAUGGCCCUGCCUUUGUUUGUACUGGGAGCCGGCUGUCAUGAUUGGUGCUGGAUGGGGGAUCAGUAUUUUUAUAAUAUAUUGGACAUAUUGCGACGGACAGGUGCUUGUCUGUCUCUCUCUCUCCUUGUUGUUCACUCGUUCCGAGAACAGUGUUGGAAAUAAACCAUUUGAACAUA